AUGGAGUUCAGGUCACCGUUUGCAGCUACUGUCGCGAGUCCCGGCAAAGGCAAGGUCGUGCUCUCGAUACUGCCGCCAUCUAUUCCAACAUUGACGACCCUAACAUACAAGUAUCCUCUCAAACUGCUGUCACGGAUUCCAGGCUUUACUCCCAAUGAUUCUGUCACUGGAGCAGGUGCUACAAGGCCAGUCCAUUUAUAUUUGUUGACAUACGGUGGUGGCCUACUUCCUGGUGACCAUAUCGAUGUUUCAAUCACAUUAGAGCCCCGAUCCCGCUUGGUAGUAACUACCCCCCAAGGAAGCACCAAAAUCUACAAAACCCCACCGAAAGAAAGGGCCUCGGGCAUACUUACGGUGUUGGAUGGUGAUAUGAGCCGCCAAACCUUGGAUGUACAUAUAGGGAGCAAGGCUGGUCUCUGCUAUCUGGUCGAUCCAUCGGCGCCAUUCAAGGAUAGUCGAUAUGAGCAGAUUCAGGUGUUCACUGUGGAUGGAUCUCAAACCGAACUGGACAGGAGCAGUCUAUGUGUUCUUGACUGGGUGACACAAGGUCGAAGCGCGCGCGGCGAAAAUUGGGACUUUCAAAUAUGGAAAGGGCGCAACGAGGUAUGGUCUGAAGAUAAGACUACGGGAAAACGACGUUUGUUACUGCGCGACUCUCUAGUAUUGGAUGAAGAAGCAGCCGUCAGGCCACAGAAUCAGACCAACAUCCAACCAAGCGGGCUCGUCCGCGAGAGGACACACCCACAUGGUGUGCUAGGCACAUUGAUUCUUUACGGUCCGAUGUUUGAUCGGCUGGGAUCGUUCUUUAUGGAAACAUUUACCUCACAGCCGCGCAUUGGUGGCCGCAAUUGGUCUUCUGUAACGACUGCAGAGCCUUCCAGUAUUCAAGACAAAGUCACCUGGACAGCUGCUCGCGUUCGGGCAGGGUUCGUCCUGGUAAAGUUUGGAGCGAAGGAUCUCGAAGCUGCUCGGGAAUGGAUCGGAAGCGUGAUUCGCGAAGAAGGAAGCAUAGCCCGAGAGUUUGGAGAGGAGGCCCUGUUCUGCAUCUAG